AUGUAUUUUGUGGUUUUCAUAAAUUGUCAGGAUGAUGUCCAUGUUGAAGAGGUUGAUGAAAAUACACCUGAUUAUAGUGACUUUUUCACCACUACAACUAUAUUUCCCACUCGAAAAGCAUUGCGUGAUUGGGUUACUGAAGUAGGCAGGCUGCAUAAUAUGGUGAUAAUCAUCGCUCGAUCACAAUAUGAUGUGGAGAAAUUUACCGGUACAAAAAAGAGAUUGUGUCAUUUUCGACUUCAAGCGAUUGAGUGUGUUGGUGGUGGUUGGAGUGUCUAUGUCAUUAAUGGAAAGCACAAUCAUGAUCUUCCCGAUUUCAAUGAGGGACGUGCAAUUAUUGGCAUGUUAAGUAAAGAUGAGCUCAAUUUGGUAGAAGAAUUAACUAAAUCUCAUGUACCGCCUAGUCAAAUCAUGAAAGUUCUUAGUAGGGUGGAUGAAGAGACUUUGACUACAGUGAAACAUAUUUAUAAUGCCCGUCAGAAGUUGAAAACCGAGGCAAUGUGUGGUAGGUCUGUGAUGCAACAACUAAUGAAGGUGAUUGUUGAUAAUAACUAUCUACAAUGGCAUCGUGAAGAAGUGGGAACAAAUAUGGUUAGUGACAUAGUUUUUGCUCAUCCUGAUGUUGUUGAUCUAUUGUUCUUGUUUCCUUAUGUUUUAGUCAUUGAUUGUACAUAUAAGACAAACAGAUACAAAAUGCCUUUUUUGGAGAUAGUUGGUAUAGUUCCAACUGGAAAAAAUUUUGCUGUCGCCUUUGCUUGGUUGAGAAACGAAAAGGAAAUAAAUUACCAAUGGGUCAUGGAUUGUGUGAAACAGUUAUUUGAUCCAGAGAAGCUGCCGGGUGUGAUUGUAACUGACAGGGAAUUGGCUCUUAUCAACGCGGUUAGACAAAUAUUUCCUAACUCGACUCAUCUUUUAUGUACAAGACAUAUUGGGAAAAAUGUGGACAACUAUGUGCGCAAGUUGACUAAAAAUGAAGAUAUUGUCAAAGCAUUUCGUUCUAGAUGGUAUAAGUUAGUGGAUGCACCAAGUGUUGCAUCGUAUGAACAACGAUUAAAAGAAAUGAAUGAAGCCUUUAAGUCUAUGCCAGCUGUGUUAGAUUAUGUGAAAUCUACUUGGUUGGAUCCAUAUAGUGAUAGAUUUGUCAAUGCUUUUACAAUGAACAUCCUACAUUUGGGCACAAGAACGACCAACAGGGUUGAAAGUGCUCAUGCAGCACUGAAAUCGUGGUUAAAGACUUCGACAGGAAGUUUGGAUACAAUAUGGCCAAGUAUUCAUUCAUUUUUGGAGGCUCAAAAAUGUGAAAUAAAAGCCUCUUUCCAAAGGUCCCAGAACAGAGAUCCUCAUGUGACAGUGCUACGUCUAUUUAUGUUAUUGAAAGGUCGAGUAUCACAUAAGGCUAUACGCUUGCUUGAUAAUGAAUAUAAACGUGCAAAUGAAGUUGGUGUUGAUGGUUUCGUUUGUGGAUGUUAUUUAAGACAUACGCAUGGACUUCCAUGUGCUCAUGAGAUGAAGGAGAUGGAAGAAAGAAAUACCACGUUUAAUCUGAGAAAGUGA